AUGUCAGAUUCCAACACAACCGACUUCACCAACCCCUCCACCUUCAUCCUGCUGGGCAUUCCUGGCCUGGAGGCAGCCCACAUCUGGAUCUCCAUCCCCUUCUGUGCCUUGUAUGUCAUAGCUGUCUUGGGGAACUUCACCAUCCUGUUCAUCGUGAAGAUGGAGCCAAGCUUCCAUGGGCCCAUGUACUAUUUCCUCUGCAUGCUGGCUGUCACCGACCUGGUCCUGUCCACAUCCACCCUGCCCAAAAUGCUGAGCAUCUUCUGGUUCAAUUCCAGGGAGAUCAGUUUCAGUGCCUGCCUCACCCAGAUGUACUUCAUUCAGUGCUUCUCAACGAUGGAGUCUGGGAUCUUCAUGGCCAUGGCUUUGGAUCGCUACGUGGCCAUCUGUGAUCCCCUGAGACAUUCCACCAUCCUGACAAACCCCAUGGUGGCCAAAAUUGGCCUGGCCGUGCUGCUGCGUGGCUGUGUGCUCAUACUGCCCUAUCCCUUCCUGGCCAGACAGUGGCCAUAUUGCAGAACCAACAUCAUCCCCCACUCGUACUGUGAGCACAUAGCCGUAGUAAAACUGGCCUGCGCCGACAUCCGUGUCAGUAGUUACUACAGCCUCUCUGUGGCAUUCUUUGUGAUUGGUCUGGAUGUGUUUUUUAUUUUAGUGUCCUAUAUCCAGAUCCUCAGGGUCAUCUUCAGCCUCCCCACAAAGGACACCCGGUUCAAGACUUUUGGGACCUGUGGCUCCCACAUCUGUGUCAUCUUAGCCUUUUACAUCCCAGCUCUCUUCUCCUUCCUCACACAAAGGUUUGUUCACAAUGUGCCACUGCAUUUCCACAUUCUCUUUGCCAACGUGUACCUCCUGGUGCCCCCCAUGCUAAAUCCCAUCAUUUAUGGGGUGAGGACCAAACAGAUCUGGGACAGGGUGCUCAGGAUGCUUCUUUAG